AUGCGCAGAACCACGCCUCGUUGGCCUGUGUGGCCACUCUCUGCAAAUGUCACAACUCUCCUCCUUCUCGCGGCCAUCGCGCUCCCUGCUGCCACCGCCUGCUCCGUUUCCAGCGCCAACCGCGCGGCACUGCCUCCGCGCCGCCGAGAUGCCCCGGCGCGGGUGCGCAAACAGUCCCUCCUGUCUCGCCUCCCUCGACCCAAUCGCGCCCGUCGCUCCCUCUUAAAGCUCGACGUCGCCGCCGCCGCGGCCGGAUCCUCUCCUGAGUCAGGCGCUGCGAGGCCUGCCGUUUUGGAAGGCUCGCAAUUGAAGGCGCUGGUGCAGCUGAAGGAGGCGUGGGGCAUGUGGGCGGGCAACAGCAACGCCACCACUGCGUGCUCUGCAUGGACUGGCGUCACCUGCAGCCCCAAGGGGCUCGUCACCGCCCUGGAUUCAAAGCUAUUCCCUGAAUCGGAUCCUCCCCCCAGUGGCGCCAUACCCGCCUCCAUCACUACUCUCGCCACUCUGCAGUACCUCGAUCUGACCUACAUUGAUUUGGUGGGGCCCAUUCCAUCCCUCGCCAGUCUCACCGCCCUCUCCCACGUGUACGUGCCGCUCAUGGCUUCUCCACCUGUACGUGCCGCACAUCGCUGUGCAUGCACUAAAUAUUGGAUGGGCCAGAGAAUCGAACUUCACCACGUGACUUCCCUCUCCGUUUUCUCGCACCACUCAUUACCAUUCGGCCCCACUCCUGCUCUUGGAACCAUUUACAACUAUUGA